GAAAUUGUUGUGCUUGAAGUAAGCGGGGAGGAUUCGCUGGGAGAAAUCGAGCGGGUCGACGACGAGGAAGCUGUUGUUGGCUUUCCCCCAGGAGAUGAGUCCGUCCGUCGAUGGGUCGUUGACCAUCUGAUACGUCUUCAUAACGAACGGCGCGAUGGUGUUGGUGCUGGUUUCGCCGUCCCCGCCGUUGUUCCCUUCCAUCCCAUAAACGCUUUCGCCGUCGUCGUCGGCGGCGGCUUGUUGCUCUGUUUUCUUCUUUCUUUUGUCUCUUUUCAGGGAAGGGAGAGCAGAGUGAAAGGCACACGACGGCUAAGCUGAAUGGCUGAGUGCCCCUUUUUGAUUUUUUCCUUCC